GGACUUCAUUGCGAAAAAUUGGCGAGAUGUCUCAACCACUGAUCAUUGUUGUUACUGGCUCAAAUCGCGGCAUCGGCCAAGGCAUAAUCAAACUCCUUGCCAAAACCCAAUAUCCACGACCUUUAUGCAUCUACGCUACAUCUCGCAGUGGCCUAGACCUCCAAAUUCAACCGUUGCCUCCAAACGAGAUCCGAUAUGCCAAACUCAACAUCUCAAACACAUCCUCCAUCAGAACAUUCGUCAGCAACACUCUACAGAACGACGGCCAAGUCGACGUCAUAAUCAACAAUGCCGGCAUAAACAACAACAACUAUGAGACGCCCGAGCUAGCUGAACAAACGAUAAAUAUCAAUUACUACGGUACAAAAGAAAUGUGCCAGCUCUUCCUCACCCAAGGAAAAAUGAGCACAACACCAAACUCGCGCAUCGUAAACGUUAGCAGCACCGCCUCUUCCCUUUCAAACUACACUUCCCCCAUACAAUCGCGUUUCCGCUCUGCAAAGUCAGUUUCAGACAUCGAUGCCCUAGCUCAAGAAUACAUUUACGCCGUAAAGUUGCAAAAGCAGGAGGAGCCCGGCUUUGGGGCACCGCCGAAAUCAUACCAAGUUAGUAAAGCGCUUAUGAAUGCGUUGACAUUAGUGUUGGCAAGAGAGAAUGAUGAUGCGGUAGUGAAUUGCUGUUGUCCUGGGUGGGUAGAUAGCGAUAUGGGGGAUCAGAUUGGGAAGCCACCGAAGACGUUGGAGGAAGGCGCGAGGAUACCUGUUAGACUUGCGAUAGGUGAUUUAGGGGAGGGCGGUAACGAAGAUGGAGGUCUGAACAGCAAUAGCAGGGAGAAGGUUAGCGGAAGGUAUUUUGGAAAUGACGGGGUGGGAGAUAAGAGGUGGGGCAGAGCAAGGCAGUGGUAA